AUGGGGCGUAUGGAUGUGGAGAAACUACGAUAUCUCGAAAGGGAGGAUUUUCGAGUAUUGAUCGCUGUCGAAAUGGGAAUGAAGAAUCACGAAGUUGUUCCUUUACCGUUGAUUUCAUCGAUAGCAGGAAUUCAUCGAGGAGCUGUAGCACGGAUUCUGUCCACACUCUGCAAACAUUCCCUUGUUGCCUUUCGAGAGAAGCAAAAAGUUCCCGUGAGACAGCCCGUCGAUGGUUACCGUCUUACCGUACUCGGAUACGAUUUCCUUGCCCUGAAAGCGCUGUGUACUCGUGGCGUUGUGGGCAGUGUAGGGAAUCAAAUUGGAGUUGGAAAAGAAUCAGACGUCUAUGUUGGCGGUGAUCCUGAUAGAAAUGAUUUGCGCUUGAAAUUUCAUCGACUUGGCAGGACGUCUUUUCGCAAAAUUAAGGAGAAACGUGAUUAUCACAGAAAACGUCAUUCAGCCUCUUGGCUUUACCUAAGCAGACUUGCUGCGACAAAGGAGUAUGCAUUUCUGAAAGCUUUAGCAGACCGUGGAUUCCCUGUCCCUCGACCAGUGGACGUCUGUCGUCAUCUCGUAGUUAUGGGUCUUAUUGAAGGGCGGACUCUUUGCCAUGUUGAUCAUGUAGAGGAUGUUGGAGCACUGUAUGACAGGUUAAUGUCGAUUAUUGUAAAAUUUGGACGACAUGGAUUGAUUCAUGGUGAUUUCAAUGAGUUCAAUGUAAUGCUCUUGGAGGUGAGUUGA